ACGAAAUAUUUCUCGCCGGGCUAGGGUUUUAUAGAUCGCGCGAUGAUUUACACGGCGCUGGAUACGUUCUAUGUCUCCGAGGAGCAGCUCAAGGCCUCGCCUUCGCGCAAGGAUGGUGUGGCCGAGGAGACGGAGACAAUGCUGCGGCUCUACGGCUGCGAGCUGAUCCAGGAGAGUGGAAUCUUGCUCAGAUUGCCGCAGGCGGUGAUGGCAACGGGCCAAGUCUUGUUCCACAGGUUCUAUUGCAAGAAAUCCUUCACGCGAUUCAAUGUCAAGAGAGUAGCGGCCAGCUGCGUGUGGUUGGCGGCGAAGCUCGAAGAAAGCCCACGAAAGAUUCGAGAUGUCUUGAGUGUGUUUCAUCGGAUGGAAUGUAGGCGCGAGAAUUAUCCUCUCGUGCUACUCGACACAACUUCGAAGGCUUACGAGGAAAUGAAAGUCGAUCUAAUAAGAACCGAGCGGCAUUUACUGAAAGAGAUGGGAUUCAUUUGUCACGUCGAGCACCCGCACAAGUUUGUUCUCAAUUACUUGCUCCAAUUGAAAGCACCUCUCGAGCUCAUCCAGGAAGGAUGGAAUUUGGCCAACGACAGCUUGCGGACGACAUUGUGUGUGCGUUUCAAAAGCGAAGUUGUGGCAUGCGGGGUGGUUUAUGCUGCUGCUCGAAGGUUUCGUUACCCUUUGCCAGAAAAUCCUCCGUGGUGGCUCAUCUUCCAAGCAGAUAAGGCCGAGAUUGAUGUCGUAUGCAAAGUUCUUGCUUUGCUGUAUCAGCAACCCAAGGCUCACUACGUCGACGUCAGCAAGGGAUCAAAGUCGUUCGUUUUGUCAAGCAGUUCAUGGGAUCCUCCUCCAGAUGUUCAAGGCAAGAUCACUGUGAAUGGUACCACUGCUGGUGCUGUUCUUGUCCCGAGUGUGGCUGCUAUCGUUUCAGCGGACACCAAAGACGAAGCGCCUCCUAUGGCCGAUCCAAAAGGAGAAAUAGUUGCAGAAAAGCCUGCUAUUGAUGGUGAAGGCGUCGAGAAAACAAAGGAGAAAGAUGAGAAAGACCGUGAGAAGGAGAGAGAACGAGACGCAAGACGCGAUCGAGAUCGCGAAGAACGGCGAGAUAGAGAAAAGAGUAGGGAUAGAGAACGGGACCGAGACAGGGAGCGGGACCGGCACAAAGAUCGAAGUCAUCGAAAGGAUAGCAGACGGGAUUACACAGGCUACUCAAGUGACAAGUCAAGGUACCAUUCGUCCAGAUCAAGUGAUCGCCAUCGACACCACUGAAUCGAUACAACGCUUUUGUACGUGUACGUGAUUCUCGAUUUAAAUCCUCUAACAUCGCUUGACCACUGGUUGUAAAAGA